ACGUACAGAGGUAGCUUAGCCAGCAUCCGGUGAUUCGGGCACCGGAGCACAAAAACGAGAAGUCGGCCGGUUUAACAGCAUUAAGACACGAACUGAGAGCUGGACUCGGACUACAGGAGGCUCAACAUCAACCCGAACCGACUCUUUAUCUGUAACUGAGCUCAGCGAGCUAAUUAUCCACCUAAUUAAGCGCAGAGACCGCUAGCUGUUACAGAUAGCUAAGCUCGCGGUUUCCCUUUAAACCUGGAGAAGCGGCAGCAGCUGGGCAACAACACCGAGCUGUCAGCGAGCAGAACAGCCAGAAAAGAGCAGGGAAAUUGGUUAAAUUCGUUCAAUAUGGGGCGUGCUUUUUUGUUGAGUAGUUUGUCGUGGUUGUCGUCGCGUGAAUUGGCUUGAAUGGUUGAAUGGAAAGCGAGAAAGAGACGUUGAAUUUGUUCUAAGAACUGCUUGUGCUGGCUCGGUGGCAGCUGUUUGGAUAGAUAUAACUAGCUAGGUAACGUUAGCUUUUUAAAAUGCUGAUUUUUACCUCUUUAUAAGGUAGUUUUCAGACGGAAAUAGCUUUAAGUUAACUUAUAGUCUAGCUGUGUUUAUAACCUAGUUAUCUUAAUGUGAAUGUGUUAAAAACAAACAACCAAAGACAGCUGUGCCCUCCUUUCUUUACAUGCCUUUUUUGUAAAAGCUACGUGGAGGUUUGUGGCUUCUUGGUGAGUUUGUGUACUUUGUGUACUUUGUGGUAUGCCAACGUGUCAGGUGUGUACAGUAGUUCUAUCCAGGUCUGGGAACUUAAGAUGAAGGAAGGUGUGGUUUAAUAAGCUGGUGAAGGAGGAAUAAAAGGAUAAUUUAAAAGAAAAGGGCCUUAAGUUUUUGUGAAGCUCCAUGUUUUUCUGAUUUACCUUCAUUUUGUUACAUUUAAAGCAAAGGAAUUGUCAAAAGGCUGCUUAGAAGACCCUUAUCCUGGAGUACUUGGAGUUCUCUCCAGCAUGGACCACUGACAGGUGAACAAGGGAGUGUUGGACUGUUGAGAACCAGAACAUCUGUGGUGCUGAAUCUUCUAAAUCUUGAUUAAGUAUGUUCUGUAGAUCAGUACCAUAGUGCAUUCAUUCCUAAGACAAAAAAAAAACGUGAACUUCAGAGCUGCUGGAUGAGAUGGCUUGCUGAGUAGAGGCAUGUCAUGUUAGAGGCUGUUUGGUUCGACACCACCUUCUAUAAGAGUUUUGUGAAGAUUGUGGGGGCUUUUUCCAGCCAUGAUGGUGCCCACCUUCGUUCUGCUGCUGCUCCUGGGCUUCUCUGUCCGGAUCUCCAAAACCAUGACCCGAGACGAGAAGCACAGGUUAAGGAAUCAAGUGGUUGAGAUGUUUGACCACGCUUAUCAGAAUUACAUGGACCAUGCCUACCCAGCGGAUGAGCUGAUGCCUUUGACGUGUCGAGGACGAGUACGGGGGUUGGAGCCCAGCAGAGGAGACGUUGAUGAUGCCCUGGGGAAAUUCUCUCUCACCCUUAUCGACACACUGGACACUCUGGUGCUGCUGAAUAAGACGGAGGAAUUUGAGGAAGCUGUGAAAAGGGUGCUGAAGGAUGUUCGUCUGGACAACGAUAUCGUUGUGUCCGUCUUCGAGACCAACAUUCGUGUGUUAGGAGGGCUGCUGGGCGGUCACUCCAUGGCGGUGAUGCUGAAGGAGAGGGGGGAGCGCAUGCUCUGGUAUCAGGAUGAGCUUCUGAACAUGGCCAAAGACCUGGGGAUCAGACUGCUGCCUGCCUUCAACACCAGCAGUGGCCUGCCCUAUCCCAGAGUGAACCUGCGCCAUGGAGUUCAGGGCCCUGAGACUCGAACAGGCACUGAGACGGACACCUGUACAGCCUGUGCAGGAACCAUCAUACUUGAGUUUGCUGCUCUGAGUCGCUUCACGGGGGACCCCAUAUUUGAGGCUCAUGCGAGGAGAGCUCUGGAUUUCCUGUGGGAGAAGAGGCAGAGAAACAGCAACCUAGUGGGAACAACCAUCAACAUUCACUCUGGAGAGUGGGUCCGCAGGGAUAGUGGUGUCGGAGCGGGGAUUGACUCUUACUAUGAGUAUCUUCUGAAGGCUUACGUUCUUUUGGGAGACGACCAGUUUCUUCAGCGCUUCAAUGUUCACUAUGCGUCCAUAAUGAAGUACAUCAGCCAGCCUCCUCUACUGCUGGACGUUCACAUCCACAAGCCUCUGCUCCCGGCUCGAACUUGGAUGGACUCUCUGCUCGCUUUCUUCCCCGGCCUGCAGGUGCUGAAAGGGGAUAUCCGGCCAGCCAUAGAAACCCAUGAAAUGCUUUAUCAGGUUACCAAGAAACACAACUUCCUUCCUGAGGCAUUCACUACAGAUUUCAGGGUACACUGGGCACAGCAUCCCCUGAGACCAGAGUUUGCUGAGAGCACCUACUUCCUUUAUAAGGCUACGAGGGACCCGUAUUACCUGGAGGUGGGACGGACUGUUCUGGAGAACUUGAACCGAUUCGCCCGCGUUCCCUGUGGCUUUGCAGCCAUGAAGGACGUCCGAACAGGAAGCCAUGAGGACCGCAUGGACUCGUUUUUCCUGGCGGAGAUGUUUAAGUACCUGUUCCUGCUGUUUGCUGAGGAGGAUGAUUUGCCCUUUGAUGUGGAGGAUUAUGUCUUCACCACUGAAGCUCACCUGCUCCCCCUCUCACUUUCCACGGCCCUGCGCUCACACGGACCCCCUGCAGCCAACUCCACAAUACUUCCUCCUGCCUUUCAGAAACAGGCAUUGGAGGAGCUGGAUGACUCGAACUUUGAGUGGACAUGUCCUAACACCCGCCUUCUUUUCGCUGACCCCGCCUACCCGCAGAACUUCCGAGAACCAAUCAGAAGUGCAGUGGAUAAGAGUUGUCCUCGCCCAAACCUCCCUCGUGAGCCGGGAAUGGGUCGUGCGCCGCUGAGAGCUCAGGACUUCAUGGCUAAUAACCCAGAGCACUUGGAGCUCCUCAGGAGAAUGGGGGUCAGUCUGAUCCAUUUGAAGGACGGCAGAGUACAACUUGUGCAGCACGCUAACCAAGCAGCGAGUGCAGUAGCUGCUGAGGACGGGAUGCGCUUCAUGCAGGAGAUGAUGGAGUUGUCCAGCCAGCAGCAGAAGGAGCAGCUUCCUCCUCGUGCUGUGCAGAUCAUAUCACACCCCUUCUUUGGCAGAGUGGUACUGACCGCUGGUCCUGCACAGUUCGGGAUGGACCUUUCUAAGAGCAGCUUGGGGGUGCGGGGGUUUGUGACCGUGGCUGAACCUUACGCUGGCUGCUCAGAGCUGAGUAAUGCUGAGUUCGUGGCUGGCCGGAUUGCUCUGCUGCAGAGAGGACAGUGCAUGUUUGCUGAGAAGGCCAGAAACAUUCAAAAGGCUGGAGCCAUUGGAGGAAUCGUCAUAGAUGACAACGAGGGCAGCAGCAGCGACACGGCACCGCUCUUCCAGAUGGCGGGAGAUGGCCGAAGCACCGACGACGUCACUCUGCCCCUCCUCUUCCUGUUCCACAAGGAAGGGAACAUCCUGCUGGAGGCGCUGAAGGAGCACAGGGAGGUGGAGGUGCUGCUGAGUGAGAAAGCACGAGACAGAGAAGCCAUAUUUAAAGGGAAAGCCCUGCCGGGCGCCCUGUUGGAUGGCAGUGGAGAUGAAACGGAAGACGAGGACUGCUGCACAGAGGACCACAGUAGCCCCACCCCCAGUAUCUCCGCGAGCCCUGACCACCAAUCACAGUUCACCACUCACGAACAAGAGAUUUUGGGGGAGGAGUCUGAGAAGCCAGAGGCGGAGCCGAGCAGUGACCCAGCUGCUGGGACGGCGGAGGAGCAGCCUGCAGAGGAUGAAGACUCGAGCAGCCAGUCAGUAGACUCUUUAAUGGCUGAUUGGCAGGAGGACCUGGAGGCGUUUAAGCAGAUGGAGAAGGAUGAGCUUUGACCUCUUCUUAUGACCUUUGGUUUCCAGUGGUAGGUCAUAAGAGUACUGCAACACAGCCAUAAACUAGAGACUGACUGAGUGAAGUAAGCUGGAGAGCAUCAGCUCGGACACUUCCAGGUGUUUUCAGACACUUUCUGACAGUUUCAGACACUUUCAGACACUUUCAGACACACCUGAUUGCGAGCUCUGCUUCUUCGUCCCUGAGUAGAGUUCAAAGUACCUGUGUGUCUCAUUCUCAGGUGCUUCUCCCAGAGCAUGGCUUUAAUGCUCACCUGUGCAAACUCCUCCCAUACCUGGACCUGUUGCGUCACCAAGCAAACUGAAGAUGGGGGCCAAACUUGCUCAUCCUUUCUUUCGUCAUCUCUUUAUACGUCUUCCUUCUUCAUUUCAAUCAAAUCAGAGAUCAUUAAAAAUGGGUUUAAGGUAUGAUUGUGGUUUUAUAAGUGAUUCUCCGGCUGAAUCGUUUGAUCUGUGGUCAUGUGAUCAGCAUUCUUACGCAAUAGGACUAAUAGGCCUAUUAAUUUAAUUUCUCGGCAGAGUUUACAGGAUCAUUGGCCUCUUUUCCACUGCAGAGCUGACCAGUAAAAAAUGGCUUUUUUACUCGGGAACAGUUUGGUUACGGAAAACUUACAACCGGGCUGAGCUUGGUUUUCUUAGCUUGGUUGUCUUAGCACACUUGAACUGUCUAACCACAAAACUGGGCGGGCUUAGUGAUAUAGAGGUCUGCUGAUUGGCUAGCCAGUAUCCUAAAGCAGGGAACCUCCUAAAAUCUAAAAGGGUUGAUUAAAAAAAAAAAAAAAGCUGUAGCUGUGUUCCAAAGCCUGGGCUGCAAUAGAGUUUGGGCAGGUCUUUGGUACAGUUGACCCUGACCUUUUAUAAACAGAAUUAUGAUUAUAAAAACUAGCAUUUUUAUCUAAACUUUUUUUUUUUUUUUUUUUUUUGUCAUUUUGCCCAAUUUUCAUCAUGCGUUUUAUUUCUGUAUUGCAUUAUACAUUAACAAAAAUUAUGGGGGUGUAACCUAUUCCAAUCAGGCCAGGAAGGAUUGCUUCUCCUUUUUGCACCAUCAUUAUGUAGUGGCCACAAAAUGCAGCCCAGGCAUUCAGACACAGACAGGUAGCGAUGUGAGAUUAGGUUUUUUGUUUGUUUUUUUGCCUUAAACUGAUUUUUUUAAUAUCUGUGUGGACAUAUCAAAUCCAAACUUCUCAAAUUUGAGAAGAUUCGAGACACUUUUUCAUACUUGGUCCUAAAUUGGGCGUAUAUCUAAUUUGUGGGCAUGUGAACAGUCAGAUGAGAUUUUAAGCAAGGCAUCUUUUUUGCUGGACAUGUGAACUGGCACCAUGCGUUCAUGUACUGUAUCAGAGUGUGCGCCUGCAUGGUGUUUAAGAAACUGAUGUAUUCAGUUUGCUUACAUUAAUUCAUAAAUUCAUGAACAGGCAAGAUGACCAAAUCUGAUCUGAGCUAAAAAAUCAGAACCAAUCAAUUAAAAAGCCUUGUAAUUUGUUUGUAGUAUGUUUGUAUAUAGUAGACAGCGUGCUAAUGCUGUAGUAGUGAUGUGGAACAUGGCCGUUUAGUGUGUGGUGCAGUGGAUAACAUCACCGCCUGGUUCAGUUCCAGGUCUGGGUGAGUGAAUGCUGUGCUACGCUAAUAUGAGUCCCUGGGCAAGACUCCUAACACUACAUUGACUCAGUCAUAGUCUGUAAUAGGAAUUACCUUGUUGUUGUGAGUCGCUCUGGAUAAGAGCAUCAGCUAAGCUAUUAGCGGUUAGCAUGCUAACUAAACUUGCUAACUGUUUGAAAUCAAAGCAACUGUCGAUUAUGUCAAUAUGAUGGAUGCAGUAGAAAAGAGGCCAUUGUUUUUUAAUUUCUUUAACAGCAGGAUUGAUUGCUUACGUACGUGAAAAAAUGGGCCAUUAGGACUUUGCAGAAUCAGUUGACUGUAUAUAUGUAUGUAUGUUGGUUUGUAUGUAUGAGUGUCUGUCUGUCAUUUCUGGAAUAACGUGAGAAUCAAUCUCUCUUUGUGUGCCUCAGUAUCUGAGUAUCGCUUGGUUUUGCCUCUUUUCUUAUCUUAUCAUGUCAAACUGCCGCAACACUCCACACACCACCUGACCACAAGUGUGAGGUGAGUGCAGAAAGUGAGAAAGUGUUUGGAGACAUUAGGCUCUAAAUGUCCUCUGUGGUGGACCUUUCUACUGUAAAAAAAAUAAUAAUAAAAUAAUAAUAAUAAUAAUAAAACAUGCAUUAUUCAUGCAUUUUGAAUACUAAUACUAAAGCAAAUUAGCAAAGUGCUUUCUGUUCUUUUUUCCAUUUUUUUCUCAUCAAAAAUGUAAAGUUGGAUUAUAAAGCUCUAUAAUUUAAUUUAGUUUACUUGUUUAAUAAUCUGGCCACAGCAAUUAAUUCAUCAAGGGUCCAAAACUACCUUGUAAGCUCUGUACUGUCCACCAGAUGGCGCUAUUGUGCUAUUAUUAUUAUUUUUUUUUUAUCAUCACAGCUGCCCAUAGGACUUGCUGACUGAACUUGACCGGGAUGCAGGAAGCAAAUAAUGUUAUAAACUGGAAAAUAAACCUCUUGAAGACACUUGAUGCAUUUUGUUAA